AUGAAGUUGGGGGUCUCAAAAAUCUUUCUUCAGGCCGGUUUCAAGGCAGUGAGAGAUGUUUGGGAAAAAUGGAACAUCCGUGGCCUUGUGAUCUUCAGUCUUGUCCUUCAGACAUUCCUUGUUCUUCUCUCACCAAAUCGAAAACGAACACCGAGGAUACUUUUCCGGCUUCUCAUCUGGUCAUCUUACCUUUUAGCCAACUGGGCAGCUGACUAUGCCGUGGGACAGAUCUCAGAUAGCUCAGGAGACAAACCUGAACCCAACGAGUCCCCCAAGACCAACGAGCUCUUAGCGUUCUGGGCAACGUUCCUUCUCUUGCAUCUUGGUGGUCCUGACACAAUCACAGCUCUUGCUCUGGAGGAUAACGAGCUCUGGCUUAGGAGUUUGUUCGGUCUUGUGUGCCAAUUCAUUGCUACUCUCUACGUGUUCUUGCUAUCAAUACCCAACAGUCUCUUGGUACCAACAUCCCUCAUGCUUGUGGCUGGAGUCAUCAAGUAUGUUGAGAGGAUAAGUGCAAUGCGUGGAGCAAGCCUCGAAAGGUUCAAGGAUUCGAUGCUUGGGGAACCCGAACCUGGAAUCGACUAUGUGAGGUUCAUGGAGGAACACAAAAUUAGAACGAUUUCAAGAGAGCGUAGCCAGUUGGUCAGGGUGGAGGAGCCUGAGAAAGAGCAAGAACCAGUGAGGCCAAAGGUUAUGAGCCAUCUCCAGGUUGUUCAAUAUGCUUAUAAGUACUUCAAUGUCUACAAAGGUCUUGUGGUAGAUUUCAUCUAUAGCUCUCAGAAGUGGAGAGAAAGCAAGCAAUUUUUCCAAGCAUUGUCAGGGGAAGAGGCUUUGAAGAUUCUAGAGGUGGAGCUCAGCUUCAUGUAUGGAACACUGUUCACCAAAACUGAUAUCCUGCACACCUGGAUCGGAGCUGCUUUCCGAUGUAUAGCCUUGUGUUGCCUAUUUGCAUCCCUCUACAUCUUCAAAACAUCGAGGAAAGAUGGAUAUGAUGGUUUUGAUGUUGCACUUACUUAUGCUUUGAUCUUUGGUGGAAUAGCACUUGAUCUCAUUUCAAUCCUCAUUUUCUGUCUAUCCGACUGGACAUUUGCUAGAUUGAGGAAGCCUAAGGAGGAUGUGCACAAGAAAGAUACCUGGUUCGACAGAUUUCUCAAUUGGCUCCUUGGUUUCAGGGAGCUGAAGUGGAAGCAGUGCUCGUGUCACGAGAGGAAAGAACGCUGUCACAGGGUGCCUGAUAGACACUUUAUAUUUCGCAGAUGGUCUGAGUGCAUAUAUGCAUACAACCUGAUUGACUCCUCCCUGAGGAUAAAACCAAAGAGAAUCCACCAUACCAAAAGUUACAUACACCGUUUCUUCGACUCCAUUGUUCGAAGAUUGUACAUAUAUCACACGGUCGUCAUCAUCAUCGGAGUAAUAGACUUAACUUCCACCGUCUUGAGUGACCUCCGCAAGAAGAUGAACCUAUACAUCAUUUCUCUGUUAAUCAAGGAUCCGGUGAAAUAUUAUGCUCUUUACCCUGUCAAGCUUUUUCUUAGAUUCUGGUUUGGAAUUCCUUUGAUCAACUAUCUCUUGGAAUUCUUCGGCAUCCUAGAUCAGGUAAACGAGAUAGUAUUCACAUCGCAUACAUGCCUCACCAAAGAGCUUUGGGAAUUUAUAUUUGAAGAGGUUAAGCAUAAAUCCAACUUGGUUAUUCGCUUGGAAAAUGCCAGCCAUAUAUAUUCAGCUAGAGGUGACUGGAUUCUGCUCGAUAUGGAAAUCGAAGGUUAUUAUGAGACAUUGCUGCCGUAUGUUACUGAAGUGGAUUACGAUCAGAGCAUUCUGGUGUGGCACAUUGCCACUGAGCUCUUACACCAAACAGAAGAAGCAGAAACAAAUGUCAGAUACAAAGAGUUGAGCAAAACACUUUCAGACUACAUGAUGUACCUCUUAAUCGCGCAGCCUUCCCUGAUGUCAACCGUUGCGGGAAUUGAUAAGGUAAGAUUCAGAGAUGCAAUAGCAGAAGCCAAAAACCUUCAAGAGGUUAAAAAGUUGUUUCAGAGAACACAUGUUGAGGAAUCAAGAGAAGCCUGUGAAGAAAUCCUGGCUUCCUAUAAAGAAGUUGAGCAAAGAAACGAGAACGCCAAAGUGUAUAGAAGCAAGUCAGUACUGUUCCAAGCGAGCAUGCUUGCAAAUGAGCUUCGACGGAUACAAAUUCAAGAAGACGAUGUUGAGAUGUGGGGAGUAGUGAGUAAAGUGUGGGUGGAGAUGCUUUGCUAUGGAGCAACUCACUGUGACUCUAAACAACAUGCAGCACAAAUCAACAAAGGUGGUGAAUUGAUCAACUUUGCUUGGCUUUUGAUGGCUCAUUUCGGACUAGGAGAGCAGUUUCGUAACCCCAAGGAAGAUUCAAGAACCAGACUCAUUCUUGGAAAAACCACCUCCUCUUCUUGUCUUGUGAGAUAUGAGAAGUGGAAUCCUGUACAUCCUACUUAUGGAGCGUUUUGGGGAAUGGGGAUUGGGAUUGGUUGCGGCGUCGGAUGGGGACCAGGUUUUGGACCCGAGGUCAUUGGCUAUGUCGGUGCUGGCUGCGGCGUUGGUUUCAGUGUUGGUAUAACACUUGCUGGUCUCGGCAUUGGUCUCCCGACAAAUUUACUUCUCGCAGCUCCUUAUAACACUGUAGAAGCAACUAGAAAGGGCGCUUUUGAGUUGUUUGGUAAAAAUCUCUCGAUCGAUGGUUGGAGCAAUUUUAUGCCUCAAAUUGCGGGGUUGCAGAGACAAGUCAAAGAGACAUGCUCUGGUUUUAACAAGAAGCCUCUAUCAAAUAAUGACAUUGAUAUAAGAAGUUUGCCUUUGUUCAUUUCACAUGACUGUGGAAGAUUUGGGAGUCAUCUUCUCCAUUUACGCAAAGAGGACAAGAAUCAUAGAGAUUCAUCAGAUAUGUAA